AUGCAGCAUCAUCAAAUGACAGAAAACUUACUUUACCAUGUUCAAAAAAUUGAAGAUUGGAAAAACUUGGUAAAUGACUUGAAUGAUGCAGAUUUUUACGAAUUAUACAAUUCGGAUCAUAAGGAUACAAUAAAUCUAACAAAUGAUAUAAGUUUUGCUGAAGAUGAAUAUGAGUCUGUUAUAUCAAAUUUAGACUCAUUAAUUAAAUGCCUUGGAUAUGCAAAAAAAGUAGUUGGUUUGGCUCUUGAAACUGGUUGUGAAAAUGAAUUAAAUAAACUUUUGAGAAAUUGGAUUAAUGAGACCAAAAGAAAGAUGAGUUACAAUUUGAAUGAGUUUAAUAAUGAGAACUUACCAAAUAUAACUAAUUCUUAUUUGAUGCAUAUGAAAAGUGCUCCUAAAAAACAUUUAAAAAGCAUAUUAGAAAAUUAUGCUUUCAAACAUCAUAAUCAAAAGACUGAUAAGUUAACACAAAGAAUUAAUAAAUAUACAGAAGAUUUGGAUGAUAAUAGGUAA